AAUAAUCUCGAAGCAGCUGGAAAUGCAGUGUUUUGCAAAAAAAGUAAUACUGCUGAACUCAGAAAUGUGUGCUUGGAGUGGUCGAAAGCGAUGCGACGGGAUGAAGCACUCGCUGUUGCGCAACUCUCUCAUGCGGGACGACAAACACCCUGCGCAGUGAAUCCCAAUCCGUUCUCUUGUUCUGGUGUACAACUAAUGGUGGAAUGGCGUUCUAUGGGAUUUCGAAAACCAGUAACGCUCACUAAACAACAGAUCAAAACCGAAGUGACUGAUCGCUUUGUAUAUGCAGCUAAAUUCGCUCAAAAACAAGGUUGGUUUUUAUGUUGCCUACGACGAACGAACGUACCGAUAUUUAUGGUAGAUAACAGGAUGAGAGUGAUCACUCAGAUAAUCGAGGCCAUAAGGAAGGAGAUAGACGCGUCAACGGGCUUUCUAGUCGAAAUCAAAAACUCUGUGGGAUUCCAAAAAGAUGGUCUACACAUUGAUGAUGCUAAAAUUAUGUGUGAAGUGAUGGAGCUUUCUGGCGGUACAAUGGCAAAGCUAGCUUUCCAACAUAUGCGCGACUCAACAAGAAAGCGAGAGGCGUUCUUCCUUGCAUUUGCUGAAAAGAUUCGCCCAGUUUCUAAAAGGACAGUUGUAUACGUGACUGACGGUUGGCGAACUGUUCCUGCAAUGGUCAGAACCGUGGUGGAUGGCACGACUGACGAUAUAGGAUUUGGUAGACUGUAG